CACAAAACCACAUCAAUGACCAGCAGUGACACGUCCCUGUGAAUGAGCUGUUGCUAUAGAAACGAUACCGUAUUUGACAUACUGUCAGAGCUGCUGUUCUAGAAAAUGAAUCACCACCUGACGUCCAAUCACAAUCAGCACAUGAAAAACUUUCCUCUGUACAUGUGUCCGCUUUAUUCCAGCACACACACAGCAAUCCGUCUCCAGUUUUCACCACAUUCUCACUGUGUUUUUUUUAAAAUAUCUCCUUUUUUUUUUUUUUUUUUUUUUUACCCCAGACAGAGGUGACACUAAGUAGAAGGGGAGGUAGAGAAGUAGUGGAUUCGGCAAACAGCAGCACCUUUUUCUUACAAGAUGUCUGUCAUGGCUAAUAGACAGGAGCAGGGCCCCGGAAGCAGUAAUUGAAGAGCCCUUGAACCUCUCAGUGUGUGUGCUUUCAACUAGAAACACAUCACUCCUGAUUAUAAUUCACCUUCUUCUGUGUGAGUUUUGUGAGAAAAUUGUACCUUAGCGAAUAUCCAGUGCUGUUCACAGUCACGGUUUGUUGGGAAACAAUUUCGAUUUACAAUUACAAACAGCUCUGUGCUUGGCUUCUUACAGAUAUCCGUGGACUGCAGGGCUUUUUGGACCAGACGGCGAGACAGGGCCUGGACGUGGCUCUGCAGAGGGUGGACAGGAACAUCAGCAGUGUCUUCUCCAAUCUGUUCAGCAGCAUGCGCACAGAGGAGCUGAACCGCUACAGGGACACGCUGAGGCGAGCCAUUCUGUUGCUGAGUCCUCGCGGAGCGCAGGUCUUCAUCCAUCAGGCCGUAGAAACCAACCUGGCCUCCAAAGACAGUCACUGGGUGUUUGUGAACGAGGAGAUCAGCGACACUGAGAUCAUGGAACUGGCCCACAGCGCUUUGGGAAGGAUGACGGUCAUCCGGCAGAUUUUCCCGCUGUGGAGAGACAGUAGUGUGAACUGUAUGAGAAACAGCCAUCGCAUCUCCUCUCUGCUCUGUGACCCUCAGGAGGGAUACCUGCAGUCGCUAGAGGUGUCCAACUUGUACCUGUAUGACAGCGUAUUGAUGCUGGCCAACGCCUUCUACAGGAAGUUAGAGGACAGGAAGUGGCACAGCAUGGCCAGCCUGAAUUGCAUACGGAAGUCAACCAAGCCCUGGAAUGGAGGCUGGUCCAUGCUGGAGACCAUCCAGAAGGGUCGCAUCACCGGCCUCACCGGAGUUAUGGACUUCAUGGACAACGGAUCCAACUCACAUGUUCAGUUUGAGAUUUUAGGCACCAGCUUCAGUGAGACCUUCGGAAAAGACGUAAAACGGUUAGCCACCUGGGACUCGGUGCACGGCCUCAACGGGAGCUUGAAGGAGAGUCGGAUUGAGAACGGCAUGCAAGGGGUUACAGUGAAAGUUGUCACACUUCUGGAGGACCCAUUUGUCAUGGUAGCAGAAAACAUUCUCGGGCAGCCCAAAAGGUACAAAGGAUUCUCCAUCGAUGUUCUUGACGCCUUGGCGAAGAUCCUCGGCUUCAAAUAUGACAUCUACCAGGUAGCAGACAGCAAGUAUGGCUCUCAGCUUCCAAAUGGUUCCUGGAAUGGCAUGAUUGGGGAACUUAUUAACAAGAGGGCCGAUCUAGCCGUGUCAGCCAUCACCAUAACACCUGAGCGCGAGAACGUAGUGGACUUCAGCAAACGAUACAUGGAUUACUCCGUGGGGAUCCUGAUGCGAAAACCGGAGGAGAAGAUCAACAUCUUCUCCUUGUUUGCUCCGUUUGACCUGGCAGUGUGGGCCUGCAUCGCAGCAGCCAUUCCUGUGGUCGGAGUCCUGAUCUUCCUGCUGAACCGCAUGCAGUCGCUGCGCUGCCAGAAUCCGACAGGAGCUCCGUCCACCAUGUCCAACUCCUUACACAGCGCUGUGUGGCUUGUUUACGGAGCUUUCGUACACCAAGGUGGAGACUCGGCGGUGGGUUCAGUGGCUUUGAGGAUCGUGAUGGGAAGCUGGUGGCUCUUCACCUUAAUUGUGUGCUCAUCGUACACAGCUAACCUUGCAGCGUACCUCACCGUGUCCCGCAUGGACAACACCGUACGGACGUUUCAGGACCUGGCGAGACAGGUCGACUUGGAUUACGGUACUGUGCGGGACUCAGCGGUGUAUGACUACUUCAGAGCCAAAGGCACAAACCCACUGGAGCAGGACAGUACUUACUCUGAGCUCUGGAGGACCAUCAGUAAAAAUAACGGGCAGGAAUACUCCGUGUCCAGUCCGUCAGAGGGCAUCCGCAAGGCGAAGAAAGGCCCUUACGCGUUCCUCUGGGACAUGGCAGUGGUGGAGUACGCAGCGCUGACGGACGACGACUGCACCGUCACCGUCUCGGGAAACAGCAUGAGCAGUAAGGGUUACGGCAUCGCUCUGCAGCACGGCAGCCCUUACAGAGACCUCUUCUCCCAGAAGAUUCUGGAGCUGCAGGAGAAGGGUGACCUGGAUGUGUUGAAGCAGAAGUGGUGGCCUCGUUCGGGUCGCUGUGACCCGGGUAGCCAGCGGGGGUCGCCGACCGAUGGCCGCUCGCUCAAACUGCACAGCUUCGCCGGCGUCUUCUGCGUGCUGGCCGCCGGGCUCGUACUAGCCUGCCUGGUGGCCGCCCUCGAGACGUUCUGGAGCAGCAGCAGCAGCCACUGCCGGCGAGAGCAGCCCAAAGAGGUGACCGAGCACAGGGCCGGGAGGGCUGACGAUACUGCCACACUCUACUUUACGGAUCCGUCCGCAGACGCGAGCCCAGACUUAGUCGAACUCCAGUACACGCAGCUAUAGGUGUGCUCUGCUGAAAUCAAAAUUGGUCCCUUUCCAUUUUAAAAUCAUUUUUUUAAAAGAAAAACACACGAAGACGCCAUUUUGUUGCUCGUCACGUCCACAUUCCCCCUUUCACGCCAGGCACUGUGGCAUUUAUUUUAUUUAUAAUACAGCACUAUUGCACUCGUUAUACAGGAACUGCUUUUUUUUUUAAUAGACUGAGAAUCUUUUUUUUUCUUUUAUACUAUAUCUGCAUUGUAGAAAGUGCUGACGUCUUACAGCAGCCUUUUUAUUCUGCUUCACCCAGUCGUUAUACAGAAUAAGUUCUAAAUUACGAUCCGCAGACCAUGUCAGAGAUUUGGAACUUUGUUGU